AUGAUAACGAAAAGUUUUCGGUUCAUCCUUAUCACGUUUUUGAUUGGGUUUACGUAUGGGACUCCAGUUGAAAGGAGCGAGGAUGAAAGUCCCAUGACGAUGAAGGGUUUUAACAACAGCCUUGGCACCUUCGUGGAGUACAACGGUCGGGCAUCUAUAGCGCUUGAGGAUUGGACCAUAUAUGCGAUCUUUCAUUUGGAGUCACUUUUUCCGGCCAUUAAUGACUUCAAAAAAGUAUAUAAAUCUCUUCUCGAUAAGUGCGCAAUGAGUUCUAGACUGUGCAGCGAUGUUCUCGAGUUUAAACAAUUUGCGAGCCUCAUUCUUCGAGAUGGCCUGAUUGAGACAGAUGAUCCCCUGGUUUUCAAAGUCAAACCACUCUCUCUAGGUGAAGAUGAAAUGGCCAACAAGUUGUUGGAUAAAUCCUCCAUCAUCGACAGCACAUUAAACAUUCAAGUAAGUCCACUGGAACUCUACGAUGAUACCCCCGUUUAUGAAGCCACAGAUAGUCCAGACUGGAUCAUCGAGCAGAUGAAAAAUCAUUUACGUAUUUUGGGAUCCCAAAUAAAAAGAUCACAGGAUGCCAUUCUUGAAGCAUUGGCUUCUGCAUAUCAGCGGCAACUCAGUCCUUUUGUUCUUACCACCAAUCAGUUGGAAGCGGAAAUGCUUAAAGUUCAGUCCAAAAUUCCACGGGGUCGACGACUGCCCUUUGACCAAUCCACAAUCUCCGAUAUUUACCGCAUCGCAACCGUAGUACCUCAGCAGUUGGAAAACCAUUUGAUCUUCCGAAUCUCAGUGCCCCUGAUCGAUGUAGAACAGUUUAAUGUCUACCGUUUGACUCCCAUUCCACGGGUUGAUAAUGGCAAAAUCCAGCUGGUGGACACCGAAACCCCCUAUCUAGGUAUCAACGAUCACUUGGACAGGUACUUUCCACUCCAGAACCUGGAUGACUGCACUGAGUUGGCCGGCGAAAGGUUCGUCUGCAAGCACAAUCAAAUAACUUAUGGAAAUGGAGAUGAGAACUUUGCCUGCUCCUUGGCGGCUAUACGGAAUCAGUCCGCCAAAGUCUGCACUUUCCGUCAAGUGGAGAGGAGUAGCAUGUGGACACAGCUGGUGACACCGAAUUCCUGGAUGGUUGCCCUCACCAAGGAACUCACCUUGAUGGGCGUUUGCUCUGGAGAAACCCAGGAGCUCAGGAUAAACGGCAGUGGAAUCCUGACCAUUCGAAGUGACUGCAUCGUAAGGAGUUCAGCUGUCACACUGCAAGGAGAAACCCAUAAAGGAAUUCCCUCGAAAAAGGGUUACGCAUCGCUGCAGUUAACUAACAAACCAUCCCGGGAAACAGGAAUCCUGGAAUCUUUUAAUCAUCUACUUGAGAUCGUAACUCAGUUGAAGGUGUAUCAGGAAAAUCUUGAAGCUGUCGGGGAUUAUCCAAUCACCGUCGUGGUUGUGUGCCCAGUAAUUGUGCUGAUCGCCCUAUUAAUUUCGCUUACCUGGCUAUAUCUUGCCCAUCGUAGAAGACAAGUCCAAGGGUCAGGGCCACAAAAUCCAGUCAGCGAUAUCCAAGACUCAGGCAAUGAAAUCAGAACCAGUAAUCUUCCACUGCUGGAAAAACAAGAAAUUUAAAAGAUGUAAAUAUGUCAUAAAAAUCAGAUAAUGAAACAAUCUUUAUUCAUUUAAAAAUA